AUGGUCAUCAACUUGACUGUUCUUGAUGCACUUCCUUCUACUAUGACAGUGCUUAUCUCGGCUGACCAGCCCUCACAAUCACCAUCAGAGAAUCUGUCUCCACCAGUCAUCAACUUGACUGUUCUUGAUGCACUUCCUUCUACUAUGACAGUGCCUUCCUCGAUUGCCCAGCCUUCACAAUCACCAUCAGAGAAUCCGUCUCCACCAGUCAUCAACUUGACUGUUCUUGAUGCACUUCCUUCUACUAUGACAGUGCCUUCCUCGAUUGCCCAGCCCUCACAAUCACCAUCAGAGAAUCUGUCUCCACCAGUGCCUUCCCCGGUUGCCCAACCCCCACAAUCACCAUCAGAGAAUCCGUCUCCACCAGUCAUCAACUUGAUUGUUCUUGAUGCACUUCCUUCUACUAUGACAGUGCCUUCCUUGGUUGCCCAGCCCCCACAAUCACCAUCAGAGAAUCCGUCUCCACCAGGUUCAAAGCGCAAUUUGACUAUUAAAGUUGCUAUAGGCAUUUCCACAGUUGUGGUUGGGAUUAUAUUAAUCUCAAUUGUGGCUUUCUACAAAUUUAAGAGAGAAUGCUUAUCAUGCGGGCAAUGGUUUUAUGGAAGAAAGACCAGAAAUGAGCAAAAUGUCGAGGCUUUUAUAAGGAAUUAUGGAUCUUUUGCCCCAAAGCGAUAUAGUUAUUCGUUUUUGAAGAAAGUGACAAACUCAUUCAAAAAUAAAAUAGGCCAAGGAGGAUAUGGUGUUGUGUACAAGGGAGUGCUACCUGAUGGUCAUCUAGUGGCAGUGAAAGUACUAAGUGAGUCCAAGGGUAAUGGAGAAGAAUUCAUUAAUGAGAUUGCCAGCAUUAGUAGAACUUCCCACGUUAAUGUAGUCACUCUUCUGGGUUUCUGUUAUGAGAAGAAAAAAAGAGCAUUGAUUUAUGAAUAUAUGUCCAACGGAUCAUUGGAUAAGUUCAUAUAUACUCGACGAUUGUCAAGUGAAAACGGUCCACUGAAAUGGAAAACACGCAAUGAAAUUGUAAUAGGCAUUGCUCGAGGAUUAGAAUACUUACAUCGUGGCUGUAACACAAGGAUUCUGCAUUUUGACAUAAAACCUCACAACAUUCUCUUAGAUGAUAAUUUAUGUCCCAAAAUCUCUGAUUUCGGCCUUGCUAAACUGUGUGAAAGGAAAGAUAGUGUUGUAUCAACAAUGAAUGCUAGAGGGACUGCUGGAUAUAUUGCUCCUGAAGUGCAUUGUAGAAACAUUGGCAGAGUAUCUCACAAGUCUGAUGUGUAUAGCUAUGGAAUGAUGGUUCUUGAAAUAGUAGCAGGAAGAAAGAAUAUCGAUGUUGAAAUGUCUCACACCAGUGAAAUAUAUUUUCCACAUUAUGUUUAUGAGCAUCUUGAAGGAGGUAAGGAUUUAAGAUUGGAUGGGAUUACAAAUGAAGAGGAAGAAGAAAUUGCAAGGAAGAUGAUUUUAAUAAGUUUGUGGUGCAUUCAGACCAUUCCAUCAAACCGACCACCAAUGACUAAGGUAGUAGAAAUGCUAGAAGGUAGCCUUCAGUCCUUGCCAAUGCCACCCAAUCCCUCCUUGUCUUCUCCUACUAGAUCACCUUAACAUCCCACUACAAAACGAUCAUCACAAUUAUUGCAAUAUAGUCUGAGCAGCUGUUAUCUACCAAAGUUGAAUUAAUUGAAAUUCCAGAAUUCACAAUGGAGAGAUUUGAUCUGAAUCUGGUAUGGCGCAAAUGUGCAAUUUAUUGUGCAUGAUGUUAGA